AUGAUAUUUUACCUCGUGAAAAUCCAAGCGGGUACCAGAGAUCAGAAACAUCAUUCUACAGUGGAAUUCCAUUUGCACAUCGAUUGCUUUGCAGGUUCUAAAAUGUUGAACAAAUCCCCUGGCUGGUCACGAAUCAACUGGUCAUACGAAAAUCAGCAAUUGUUGAAUGAUGAGGCACCUGGAUCGGCUGCAUUUCCAAAGAUUCCCCGUCAUUUCGAACUCCGUUAUCGGAUUGCAAUACAACAAUUUGGCUGCAUUCCAUCGAUUCGUAUAAAUUGUAAUGCUACAGAAGGGAUCAUAUUGAACGACUUGAGGCUCGAGUCCGUUGGCGGGGACAUGAAAUGCCCGAGCGUCACAAGUGAUCGCAUGCAUUCAGUACCAAACUCGGUUCACAAAUAUCUGGACAUUGGUACCCUGUGUGCGACAGGAUAUUCGAACAGCUGGCUUUGUCAGUUGAUUGCACUAAAACCGAAAGAUGCAGAAGAAACCAUUCUGAUAAACCGCCCAAAGCAUGUGAUCGUUAAUGCUGACAUACUUCAGGCUGGUGGUCCUGAAAAAAUGUCAUUUUCAAUUUGGUGUAAGGGAACUUCGACGAGAAACAUCUCCUACUGUCAUCUCAGUCUCAUUUCCAUGAUGAUUGGAGAAAAUGUGGCUGAUUUGACAAAUGAAACCACCUUAUCUGCUGACUUCAAUGGAUCUCAAAUGAACAGGAUGACAUUUUCUGUGGAUGCAAAGAAACUUGAAGAACUCAGAAAAAAGAACUUGGGAGAAGUGAUCGCAUUCGAAAUUUCCAUACGAAUGGUGGAUAUGGCCACGGAAAACGGUCAGAAAAUAUUGAUCCUAAUGAAGACGGUUGGAGAUGUAUCUUGUGAAGAAGACUUCAGGCUAUCGAUCGAAAACACCACGAAUCUCAAGGCUUCGCUCGGCACACAGAUACGCACUUCGGCAAUGGACACAUAUCCCGGGCAAGUUAAAUCUCUUUAUACCGCAGCGACAUGGAUGGGCCCCAUGCGAUUUGGGGUGAAAUGGACACUCCUCGUCAGUGCGGAAUUCGCGGAGUCGUUCCAUUUCACAAACAACAGAGACGUGAAUAUCAUGUCUCAGACAAUCGAGGUCGUGUGCUUUGUUUAUGAUCACACCCCAAAAUUGGAGAAUGCCGUGUCCUUCGCUACUACUCACCUCGUUUUGCACAGAAGCAGAAAUUCCCACGCAAAGCUGCUUCCCUUGUAUUCCGGUAAUUCAGAUGACUGCAGAGUGCGAAUCACAAGUGCACUCUGUCCGUCAUUGGACACUCCGCCGGAGUGGUGCCGUCGCCCAAGUGAGCACAACGCAAUGAAUGUGACGUGGCCAAACGCGUUUGCACACGGAGAUGUGGAGAAGUGGAUUCGCGAUUUGGAAUUAAUUGUAUCAUGUAACGGCAUCAAAGGGAGUGCGUAUCUGAUCGCCGCGUUCGGCUCACUGCUCACCGGACUAGUAAGGACCGCUUACGAUUUGAAUUUGGAAAGCAACCAAGCCCUUGAUUAUGAGAAUUUGCUAUUCGCCUUGGUGGCUAAGUUUUCAAAGUAG